GGAACUGCUGACAUGCUAUGUAAUAAAGAGCUCCAUUUCCUUUACCUCCAUGCAUGAUAGCGCAAAUAGCGUCGAUGACCAAUUAUGUGGCUUGUCCGUCCGUCUGCUGCUUUGCCAACCCCUCUUUCGAUAGUCACCAUCCCGAUCUUCACGAGCCAGGUCUUAAUUCUUGGCUGCGCUUGGUUGCGCUUGGUUGCGCCUGACCAAUCUCUUGGAAUUGGCAUUUUGCUCUCGCAACGGACGCCAAACACCGCUAGAAGUCAAAUUCGACUCGUAUUUAUCUCGAUCGACCAACAAACCCUCUGCCUUAGCCCUGCCACUCCCCCCCCAGCACAAUUUCACCCACAAGACUUGCUAUUACUACCGAUGACACGACCUGAGUCCACUAUCGGUGAAAAGACAACUCUACAGAAGGCUUGGGACGUCUCAUCUCCCACGUUUGGGCGCUUACCAGCAUGUUGGCUACUUCGAUCUAAACAGUGAUGGUGUGCUUUGGCCAAUUCACACGUUCAAACGAGUUCGCGGUAAGCUAGUGACAAGGCGCCCACACUUCGAAUCGUCUUUCUUAGCUCUGGCCUUUGCAUACAAUCAUGCGGCUCUUCACUUACUGCACUACAGCGCUAGACUUCGGGCUCAUAGUUGCAAUUCUAUUCACGGUUUUAGUUCACACCGCUUUCAGCUAUCCAUCACUCCCACGUCCAACGUAUACGCCGAAAACUUCGAUCUUCUACAUUAUAAUUUCGAUCC